AUGGAGCAAACUACUUCUCGUCUACGCAAGACAUUUCGAUAUCCGACAGAUAACGACUCCGAUGACUCGUUACCCGAAGCUCUUGACGAAGAAGAACAAGACAACCUAAUUCAACAUCUUGCGACGCUUCAUACAAAAUACAAUACCAUCUACACGCGAUUUCUUCUCUGUCUCCCUCUAAUAAGCAUUAUCCCCUACCUCCUUACCCUCUUCACUCCAACUACCUCUCUCCUCAGCAUCCUCUCCAUUACCUCGCUCCUAUCUACCGCUUUCCUCAUUUACUCUUUGCCUCCCGAGAAAACUUCGAUUUCUUUCCUCGAUAACAUCAACCAGCCAUCUAAAGAUUCCCCUCGGUCGAAGAUAGGAGUGCUGGGAGCAAAUAGCGUCGACGAUGGACCACUCCAAACCUACCUCCCGAUCCUCAAUCUCGUCCUCAGUCUUAUACUGGGGAUUCUUGGGACAAUUAUCAAGUCUAAGCACCAAUCUAAAUCCAGAAUCUCCGAAGCAGAAACCAACAUAUGGUGGACUGGGUUCGAAUGGUUACCCCUGGGGAUAUACGCCGUGGUACUCCUAGCGAAAACCGUAAUGGGGAGUGUAAACCCUGAAGAAGAGCUGGGGAGUUUGAGAUAUGGAUACAAGGGAGCUUGA